GCGUUCCCUAUGGCCGCCGUGCGCCGCCUCCAAUGGCAGGCCUGGCCCUGCCCAGCCCUGAUCAGCUGAUGGUGGCAAUGUCUGUUGACAGGAGCCGCCUCGGCCGCGGGACUGGGUAUGUGAAUCCAAAUGGAGCACUCGGAAGGAGGCGAGCAGAGCCAGCAGCAGCAGCAGCCCUGGGGGAAGCUGAUCCGGCUGGGUGCUGAUGAGGCAGAGCCGCACGUCUUGCUGCUGAAAAGAGAAUGGACAAUUGGUCGGAAGAAAGGUUGUGACUUAUCUUUCCCUGGCAACAAGUUGGUGUCUGGAGAUCACUGUAAAAUCAUAGUGGAUGAAGAAUCUGGUCAAGUGUCAUUGGAAGAUACAAGUACUAAUGGAACAGUAAUUAAUAAACUGAAAGUGGUUAAGAAGCAGACAUACCCUUUACAGACUGGCGAUGUGAUCUAUGUUGUUUACAGAAAAAAUGAGCCAGAGAACAAUGUUGCUUAUCUUUAUGAAUCCUUAAACACAAAACAUGAUGCAACUCAAGAACCAGUAGAAGUUAAUGUAGAAAACCAAUGCCAUGUGACCAAAGAUACCUCAAGUACAGGAAGAAGUAAUGAUGAGACCCAAAUUACCUCAUCGCCAUCAGUUACUCAGUCUUGCUAUGAGGAACCACAGCCAUCUACUUCUACAUCUAACCUCUUUAAUGCUUCUUCUACCUCUCUUAUUGAGUCUGCAUCUGUUCAGCAGGAUAAUCCUUCUACAUCUGGAUCACAAUCCUCAGUUUUCCCUCCUGUGCCUGCUUUCCCAGUCUUAGAAUCUGUGUGUCUAAGAGCACUGCAUGAUGAACAUGAAAAGCUGGAUACAAAUACUGAAACUUCCGCAAUCCCUUCAGAAAUCACCGACAGAGAAAAAGCAGAAUCAGAUUCUCAGACAACAGGGGAGGAGGAAGGUUUGGAACCUGCUAAGAAGAAACUAAAAGGAGAUGAAGAUGCUUGUCCAAAUCUUUCACCAGCAGCUCCAAGUGAAUGUGUAAUUAAAAUUGGAUCUGAAGAUGCAAAAACAUCAAAUGUGAAACCGGAUAAGAUGGAAGAAACAUUAACUUGCAUUAUCUGCCAAGAACUGCUGCAUGACUGCGUAAGCUUGCAGCCUUGUAUGCAUACUUUUUGUGCUGCCUGCUACUCGGGAUGGAUGGAAAGAUCUUCUCUGUGUCCAACUUGUCGUUGUCCGGUAGAACGUAUUUGUAAAAAUCACAUAUUGAACAACUUGGUUGAAGCUUAUCUGAUUCAGCAUCCAGAUAAAUGUCGUAAUGAAGAUGAUGUACGUAGCAUGGAUGCUAGAAACAAAAUUACUCAAGACAUGUUGCAGCCCAAGGUGCGGAGAUCUUUUUCAGAUGAGGAAGGAAGUUCUGAAGAUUUAUUGGAAUUGUCAGAUGUAGAUAGUGAAUCUUCAGAUAUCAGUCAACCAUAUAUAGUAUGCAGGCAGUGCCCAGGGUAUCGAAGACACUCUGUUCCAGCUCUGCCUGGCACAGGCCAAGAGACAGAAGCAGGAGGAAUGCAAGCACUGGGAGAUGCGCCAUCUACAUCUGCCAAUUUCCCUGCAGCUGUCCAGGAAUAUGUAUGUCCUGCUCAAGGAAGUCAUGUAAUAUGCACCUGCUGCUUUCAACCAAUGCCUGACCGAAGAGCAGAGCAUGAACAGAAUCCUCAUGUUGCUCCUCAGCAAUGUACAGUUUGUCUGCAACCCUUCUGUCACUUAUACUGGGGCUGCACUCGGAUGGCAUGUUUUGGCUGUUUGGCACCAUUCUGUGAAAUAAAUCUUGGUGAUAAGUGUUUAGAUGGAGUCCUAAAUAACAACCACUACGAGUCAGAUAUCCUCAAGGAUUACCUGGCAUCCAGGGGUUUGACGUGGAAAAAUAUGUUAAACGAAAGUCUUUUAGCUCUUCAAAGAGGAGUUUUUAUGUUGUCAGAUUACAGAGUUACUGGGAACACAGUGCUUUGCUACUGUUGUGGCCUUCGCAGCUUUCGAGAACUUGCCUACCAGUACAGGCAGAAUAUUCCUGUUGCUGAAUUGCCAGUGACUGUCACAUCACGUCCUGAUUGCUACUGGGGGCGCAACUGUCGAACUCAGGUCAAAGCACAUCAUGCCAUGAAAUUCAAUCACAUUUGUGAACAAACACGAUUCAAGAACUGAAUACUUGUAGUCUGUAGAGAGGGGACAAAAACCUGUUACACUGCUUGUACAGUUUAAGGUUUCAGGGGAUCUUCUCUGUUCCCCAUAGCAGGGAGUCAGUAACUUUUGCAUCAGGUAAUCUGGUGUGAACUUUUUAAUUUGUAGAAUUUUACAGCUGUACAUGAAUAAGGUAGAUUAUUACUUUUUUUUCAAAGAAAGUCCAGCAAGCAUUGCAUUCCGUUCUCAUGACUACAGUGUCCCUGUAUCACUUCAGUGAAGAACACAAACGGGAAUCACACACACAAAAACCAGCCAUAUCUUGGGAAGACCUAAGAAUAAGGAGUGUAUUUGCACUACUUGUGAAGAAACUAAGAAAAAUCCUUAGACUUAAAAUAGAAAUGUUUUGUAAAAGUAUCUGAUGGAUAUUUCAAGAGCCAUUAAUAUUUAAGAAGGAAAUUGUCAGUGUAUAUUUGUAACUGCAUUUUGCGGUAGUCUGAUAUUUUGUCGCUACCCAUUGCAUUUGGGCUAGAAACCACAUUAAUAUUCACUUUAAAAAAAAUAUCCGUCCAUUAAACAGCUGUUUCAACUUAAAGUUUCUUCCAUAUGUGCCGUGUUAUAGUGGAAGUAGUUACAGUUUCUUUUCUUAGUUUAGUUGUGUUGAUGUUUUCAUUCACAUUAAAUUACAAAAAUAAUUGCACAAAAAUUUGAAAAUCAAAUUCAAAGUUGGGGUAGUACUUGAAGCAGAAGAGACUUCUGCUAAUAUUACUUCUGUAGUGUUUUAUAUCAGGAGACCAAACAGUGCUUUUGAGAUAGAGCAGCCAGUAGGACACACUGGUUCAUUUUUUGUAUUUCUUUCUUGGUUCAAUACCAUAUGCUAAAUAUGUACCUCUGCCAUGCAGCUGUUCUCUAGCAUGCAUACACUGGUGAAAAUGUAGAAAAAGCUAUAAUUUAAAACAGAAUAUAGCAGCUUUACUGGAAGGAACAAUCUUACAGAAAAUAAUUCAGUUUGGACAAAUUGUAGCAAUAUGGAGGCAUUUCUGAGUAGGAAUAGGGAUGAUGAAGGGGAACAUUGGUGUCACUGACAUAAACGUAGAUUUUAUUUUCAUGCCUUCUGCAGAGCUCCUUCAGAAAAUGCCCCAAGCAUCAUUCACAAAAAAGAAAAAAUGCCAACACGACCACCCACUCACACAAAUUGAUCUGAUCUGAUCUGUUUCUUCAUAAUCUGGUAGCUAAUGUUGGCAAACCUCAACUGGGACCAAUUUUUCUUUUUCAUCAUAGCUAGAAGAGCAAGACAGAAUGAGAAGAAAGCAUACCAAGUUACCUCUGUAGAUACCAUGUUUUUAAGUAUGCCUUAUUUUGUGAGGAGGAUUUAUACUUUGAUGUUAGAAAGUGUGCACACAAUAUCUUGUGAUAUAAUGGAGCACAAAUGAUGCAGCACAUCGUGUCUACUGGUGUCAGUGAAUUAAACAACUAUUUCCAGUAAUGCACAUCUUAAUAUGAAUGCUAAUUAGAAUGAUGUAUUUCUGUUUAGAUUUUUAUUUUUUAAAAUAGCUGUCGCAAGGAUGGGUCUGUUGACCAUGCCCGUAUGCUAUUAAAAAUACACUUUGGUGUGGA